UGGAAACUCAGUCGUUCCAUGAAGCAGAUGAAGAUGUGGUCACUGAUGUUGAUUUCACCAAUAUGAUUUCUGAAGAAGAAAAAGAAGAGUUAAAGAUUGAGCUAGCCAAGCUAGAGGAUGAAAUUUCAACUUUGCGGCAAGUGCUAGCAGCCAAAGAGAAGCACCUGGUUGAAAUUAAACAAAAACUUGGCAUAAGUCUGAUGAAUGAACUGAAGCAGAACUUUAGCAAAAGCUGGCAUGAUAUGCAGACAACUUCUGCUUACAAGAAAACACAUGAGACCCUGAGCCAUGCGGGGCAAAAAGCAACAGCAGCUAUCAGCAAUGUAGGAACAGCUAUCAGCAAGAAGUUUGGAGAUAUGAGAUCACAUUCAAUUGGCUAUUCUAUUCGCCAUUCCAUAAGCAUGCCUGCAAUGAGGAAUUCUCCAACUUUCAAAUCAUUUGAGGAGAAGGUUGAAACCACUGUCACAAGCCUUAAGACCAAGGUUGGUGGGACAAGCCACACGGGAGGCAGUUUUGAAGAAGUUCUCAGCUCUACAGCCCAUGCUAGUGCUCAGAGCUCCCUGGCUGGCACCCGACUCCCUGAAAGCGAAGAAGAGCUUCAGUGUUAAACAGCAGGCUCUCCUGAGCCCCACAUGCCUCUCUUCAGAGACUUGCCCAGACAAGGAUUUUCAGCUCUCCCUCACCACACAACUUGCGCAACAAGGUUUUCUCAUCUUCGGAAAAUUGCCAUCCUGGCCUUGUGUUGGAAAAAUGUUUCCUCUCCCUAUUUCUAUUUUAGAUGGGCCAUUUUAU